ACGUAUUUUCCGCACGCCAUUUUCCAUCGACAACCGAGGAACAAGCCAGCCGGAGAAGCGCGGAAAACCUGAGCUGUGAAUUUCAACUAACACGAUCCAGUCAUGCAUCGUGACUGUCCUCUUGACUGCAAGGUCUAUGUUGGAAAUUUGGGCAACAAUGGAAACAAAACAGAGUUAGAAAGAGCAUUUGGCUACUAUGGUCCUCUCCGCAGUGUUUGGGUUGCCAGGAAUCCCCCAGGCUUUGCUUUUGUAGAAUUUGAAGAUCCCAGAGAUGCAACUGAUGCAGUGCGUGAGCUUGAUGGAAGGACGUUGUGUGGUUGCCGGGUACGAGUAGAGCUGUCCAAUGGCGAGAAACGCAGCCGCACCCGUGGUGCUCCCCCUUCGUGGAGCAGGCGUCCUCGAGACAGAGAUGACUACAGGCGUCGUAGCCCACCACCCAGACGAAGAUCCCCACGCAGGAGGAGCUUCAGCCGCAGUCGUAGCAGGUCAUUCUCCCGAGACAGGAGGAGGGAGAGGUCCCUCUCCCGGGACAGGAACCACAAACCUUCGAGAUCCUUCUCUCGAUCAAGGAGCCGCUCCAGGUCCAAUGACAGAAAAUAGAGGAACGUCUCUGUCAUGUGUAAUGAGAGAUGAAGAUGAACGGUUGUACAGGCUUUGCCGUUUCAUGAUGGACUUCAACAUGGCCAUUUGGUCAUAUUUGUGUUGGGUUUUUUAAACAAUCAAGCAUUUUAGUGUCCCCCUCCCCUUUUGUGUUGUUAUGGUAAAUUUCAAAUACUUGGUGGGUGUGUACAGAAGUGAUGCCUCACUGAACUCAUGUCUGUCUCCUCAGUCCUGAAACGGUCGUACCACCCAACAUUCCAGUUCACCAGUUAAUCUCUUGAUAAAUUUGUUUUUUGUUAAUGAAUGUACUGUGUAGAUGUAGUGUGAGUAGUUCCUCAUUUUCAUUGUGUAAAUGCCAGCAUUUUUUAAAGGAAGGACUGGGAUGAUGUGUAAUUAAGGCCCUCCUUUUGGUUGUCUGUAAAGCCAACCUAUUUUCAACAUGUUACUUUCUUCAUACUGAAGGUUUCCAUCUGUUAAUGGUUGGUCAUUUGUAAUAAAGGAACCCUCGUUCAAGAUGCAAACUAUGGCAUUGAUUUUUUUUUUAAGAAGUGUAAUUAACAAGUCUGUGAAGGUUGCCAUUACUUUCGUUUGUUUGAUACUCUGUGAAAUGGUCUCUCAAUUAAAAUACUGGUUGUUUAAAAAAGA